GAUAGUCUGAUACCUUACCUUCCCUCUCUCUUUAGUUUGUAUUGUUGAUUGUAUUGUAGCGUGUUGUGUUAGAUUUUAAUUUCAGAUUAAAUUAUUUAUUUUCAAUUGCAAUCAGUUAAGUAAAACGUUUAAUAAAUACAACAACAGAUUGUUGGAUUCUAAAUUAUUAACUAUAUUUGCUUUGCGAGAGGCUACAAUAUAGUUAAGAGACGACUGUGUUCCUAUCACAUUGAAAUCCGUGCAAGUUUUGCCAGGUAAAGAAUGAGACUCAAAAAUACAAUGAACUUGCAUUUUCCGUCAUUCGAUUGGGAUAUGAUCGAGAUAAGUUAAACGUAUUCGACAAAUUAAUAUGGACGUCCAUAUAUCGGAGCCCGCGACGCCAUCGUUGCAAUCUUACAACAGCCUAAAGUUUUCGAAAUCUUCCGAGGACAGUGGAUACCAUACAUCGUUUACUCCGAGCUCAUUAGAAUUAACACGGAUUUCAAAUGAGACUCCAUCACUUCUUUCACCUAAGAUAGUAAUCACUGGGAACUUUAACCGAGACAGAAGACACAAUUAUUCAACAUUAUCUUCAACAAUCAAUGAAUAUGUCGAUGAGCUUACUCUACAAAAGCGUGGUGUGAAGAGGCCAUAUGAAAUUGAUUUCGAUUCUACUAAUACUAGUCAAAACUCUUUAACAGCUACACCUACUAGUAUUAUAGCUGGUGAAAUACAGAAAUUAGUCUUUGAUGACAAACAACAAAAUUUUUCAAUUCCGGAUGAGCACAUUCCUUUUGAGUCAUAUCCCACUACACCUGUGAAAAAAGUUUGCAAAGACAACUGUAAGUUGAGCCCUUUCAAUCGUAGGAAGUUUUCCAGAAAAGAAGAGUUUGCUACACAUUCAUUAUCAUGUGAACACAAGGCAUUGCAGCCUGCUAAAAACAGAAAGUACAGAGGGCAAGCAGGAAUAUCUAAAAUCACUAAUUAUAAGCCUAAUAAAAAGUUUGAUAUCAUAAAAUCACUGUUUGAAACGGGCCAAGUUCCCUUAAAGUUAAUAUUAAACUAUUUUACUAAUGAUGACAUAUACAAUAUUCUACUGGUUAGCCAUACAUGGCAGCAUGUUUGGAAAAGCAUCAUAGGGAAGAAAAAUAAGAAAAAACAGGAGUAUGACAAAUAUUUAGAUGCAGUGUCAAGCAAUGUGGAAAAUUGGGAAAACGGAAUUGUACCUAAGCUGCCUGAUAUUGUUCCAUCGAGAACAUUAAGGGAAAUUCACAAUGAAACAAGGCCACCUCCAUCCAGUCCUCCUGGAACUCCCAGAACUAAUCGAUUUAAGAAAUUUGCGAGGGCUGCUUCUGUGGACACUCGCGCUCAGUUGUCAUGUGUGCAAUGCCAGUACCCAGCGAAGGUAACUGAAGAGGUAUCUGGUGAACCGUGGGCUGAAUGCACUAAUUCAACUUGUGCCUACCAAUUCUGUAAAUCUUGUAAAGGGAAAAGGCACCCUGGAAAAAGUUGCCUCCAAUAUGAUUUGAAUGAUCCUAGUCCCUCUAAACGUAAAAAUAAUUUAUAUCCAAUAAGCUCAAAAAAAAGUAAAAGGAACUUGUGCAGGUUACUAUUCUGACUGCUAUUAAUUUUUAGUUUUGCUUUCCAAAGACCAGUGUAAAUUUCCAUUUUGAAUUGUUUCAAGAGAACAAGUAUGUUUUUUUUUUACCUAUUAAAGCUAUGUCUGAUAUAGCCACCAAAUAUUUUCCUGGGGCAUACAAAUUUAUAAAUAUAUCAGGAGUAAUGAACAUGCAAGAAAAUAUUUGUUAGAUAAAUCAGACUAAGAAUAUUCUCUCCUGACUGAAGAGUGGUAUUUUACCUUGAGAUUACUUUUUAAUUUUAAAUAACUGAUUUAGUGCCAUUUUUUUUUGUUUGUUGUCUAAGUUAUCAAUUUUACCUCAUUAUUAUAUGCCCGUUCAUGACAUUCUUAUUAGAAUCCCAGUUAAUAAGUUAUUUUAUGUUUUGAAUUUAAUUAAUUACAAGAAGUCUGUUCAGUUGCAUUUUUAUUUCUUUAAAAAUAAGAAGACUCAAAUUUUCUUCACAAAAAUAAUUUGUAAUGAGGAUUAUUUAUUACUAUCUUGUGCCUUCUCCACAUUGUUGACACGAAAAUAUUCCAUGACAAAUUUCGUCAUGUUUCCAGCGUCUAAUGUCCAACUGCGUAGAGUUGGCAUGAGAAUCAGGUUUUAUAUUGCAUUUUCUUUAACCCUUCCUAUAAGACUGUUUUAAUCAUCACUUAUGCCUUAAAGUACAUAACUUGAUGACUAGGCAUAAAUUCUAGCAGUAUCGAUCUGCAUUAGUAUUUAGUUUGAUUUAUUUGCAUAAUGACCUUUUUUCUAAAUGUCCUUAUCACUUCAAAGUCAUUGUUUUAAGGAAGCAAGUAAAAGUGCACAAAAGUAACUUGUUUAAUUUCUGGAGAUUUUUUUGUAAAGGUCAUUAUGCUUCUAGAUAAUUUGGCUUAAUGAUAGAAUUAAGAUUCAAAUAGAACAAUUGAUAUGCACAACUAGUUGUGCCAUCCCAGUUAUGUGUUCCUAAUAGCAAAACUAAACACUACUACAGUUGCAAAUAGUUGUUCCUAAUGGCACAGGAACACUCAUCUGGGAUGGCAACUAAGGAAAAAAAAAGACUAUUCGUAUCUAAUAAUAUUCACCGUUUGUGAUAAAUCAUUAUCAAUGUCAUUUAUAUCACAACAUAUUAUGAAAUAAUAUCCCCCUAUUUUCUCUGUUUAUAAUUUUGGAAAGUUGUGGAAGGAUUUUGUUCCUGUUUGAAAGGAAGGUUUAUACAGGUAAAAAAAUAAAUAUCUAUAAAUCCUACGCAUGCGAAGCCCGGGCGGGCCGCUUGUGUAAAUUACAUCAUUUAUAUUGUAUCAUUAUUUAAAUUGUAUCGAUGAAGUUAAUAAGGGAGAUCAUUGAAAACGAACACUAUGUGGGGACAUCCUCUCGUAUUUUUAAUUUUAUGUAGGUAUAAACUUACAAAGCAGUAGUUAUAAUAAGAUGAUUCAUCGAUUGUAUAUAAAGUUUUUAUGAAUGAAAAUUGUGUUAAUGUGAAUCUUGUCUUAAAGGCGGGACCAGGAUUUUAAUUUGUGAAUUACAUAAUAUGUAAUUCCUAUAAUUUUAAUUUUUAUUUAUAUUCGUAUAACAAUUUGUACUUUAUGUAUAAACCUGUGCUAAUGUUCACUUUCAAAUGGACAAAUAUUAGCGACAUCAAAAGUACAAAACAAACACAUGUUUAGUAUAUAUUGUUAUAUGGAGAUAAUAUGAUGAUUCCAAUGGAUAAUUCAAGUUUUAAUAUGUAAUAAAGACAAUAAUUUGAUA